GCCCCGGCGCCGCUGCCAUCGCCCCGCGAAUCGCGGCUUUCCCCCUUCCUUCCCUCCCUCCUUCCUUCCUUCCUUCUUCCUGGAUUAGGCAGAUCAAUCCUUCUCCCCGUUGUCUGUUUGAGGAACAGGUGAUCCUCGUUAGCGGCGAUCGGUUUCUGGAUGCGGCUCCCGGGUGUGCGUGUGAAGGAUGAUGAUACCCGGCGAGGCUGAAUCAGCGUAACUUUCACUUGGCAAGAGGAAAAACUUUCUUCCCCGUUUGAAGGCGUUAAAAACACGAAGCGUUAAAAAGCAGAAGAAGUUGGUUUUAAAGCUGAACUUCACUUUCCUGGGAUUUGUGUGUCAGAUUCAAAGGCUGCGUCGUCUUGUUUUUCUUUUUUUUUCCUUCUCCCUUAUCUCCCAAAAGGAAACUGUUGCUAGUUUGCAUAGACUUUUUAAAUGUUUGGAAUUCAAGAUACUUUAGGAAGAGGACCAAUUCUGAAAGAUAAAUCUCUAGGUUCUGAGAUGGAUUCCGUCAGGUCCUGGGUCAGAAACGUUGGGGUUGUGGAUGCAAACGUAGCAGCACAAAGCGGAGUAGCUUUGUCCAGAGCCCACUUUGAAAAGCAGCCACCCUCCAACUUGAGGAAAUCCAAUUUCUUUCACUUUGUUCUGGCUCUCUACGACAGACAGGGGCAGCCCGUGGAAAUAGAGAGAACAGCUUUUGUGGACUUUGUAGAAAAUGAUAAAGAGCAAGGCAACGAGAAGACGAACAACGGCACGCACUACAAACUCCAGCUGCUCUACAGCAACGGUGUCAGGACAGAGCAGGAUCUCUAUGUGAGGCUCAUUGAUUCUGUCACCAAGCAGCCCAUAACUUACGAAGGGCAGAACAAGAACCCAGAGAUGUGCAGAGUGCUGCUCACCCACGAAGUCAUGUGCAGUCGGUGCUGUGAGAAGAAAAGCUGUGGCAACAGAAACGAGACUCCAUCUGACCCUGUGAUCAUUGACAGAUUCUUCCUAAAAUUUUUUCUCAAGUGCAAUCAGAAUUGCUUGAAAACAGCAGGAAACCCAAGAGAUAUGAGACGGUUCCAGGUGGUGCUAUCGACAACAGUGAACGUGGAUGGGCACGUGCUGGCAGUGUCUGACAACAUGUUCGUGCACAACAACUCCAAGCACGGGCGGAGAGCAAGAAGACUCGACCCCUCAGAAGCCACGCCCUGCAUCAAAGCCAUCAGCCCAAGCGAGGGCUGGACCACGGGGGGAGCCAUGGUGAUCAUCAUCGGGGACAACUUCUUCGAUGGGCUGCAGGUGGUGUUUGGGACCAUGCUGGUGUGGAGCGAGCUGAUCACACCUCACGCCAUCCGCGUGCAGACGCCGCCCCGGCACAUCCCCGGCGUGGUGGAGGUGACAUUGUCCUACAAAUCCAAACAGUUCUGCAAAGGAGCACCAGGCAGGUUCAUUUACACAGCUUUAAAUGAACCUACCAUAGAUUACGGCUUCCAAAGACUGCAGAAGGUCAUCCCAAGACAUCCUGGGGACCCCGAAAGAUUAGCUAAGGAGAUGCUGCUGAAAAGAGCUGCUGACCUGGUCGAGGCCCUGUAUGGGACGCCCCACAACAACCAGGAGCUGAUCCUGAAGCGCGCGGCCGACAUCGCCGAGGCGCUGUACAGCGUGCCCCGCAACCCCGCGCAGAUCCCCGCGCUGCCCAGCUCCCCUGCCCACAGCUCCAUGAUGGGCAUCAACUCCUACGGCAGCCAGCUGGGCGUCAGCAUCUCCGAGUCAGCGCAGGGCAACAACCAGGGUUACAUCCGUAACACCAGCAGCAUCUCCCCCCGGGGCUACUCGUCCAGCUCCACCCCGCAGCAGUCCAGCUACAGCACGUCCAGCAGCAGCAUGAACGGCUACAGCAACGUGCCCAUGGGCAACCUGGGCGUGCCCGGCUCGCCCGGCUUCAUCAACGGCUCCCCGAGCGGCUCGCCCUACGGAUUGAUGUCUUCAAGUCCAACAGUCGGCUCCUCCAGCACUUCUUCCAUCCUCCCGUUCUCCUCCUCGGUGUUCCCUGCAGUCAAACAGAAGAGUGCCUUUGCUCCUGUCAUCAGACCCCAGGGCUCCCCCUCCCCUGCCUGCUCCAGCGGCAACGGGAACGGCUUCAGAGCCAUGACUGGUCUUGUCAUUCCCCCGAUGUAAGGAAGGGGCAGCUUUGCAGCUCUCCCUCCCUCUUCCUUUUUUCCUCCUUUUUUUUUCAUUUUUCUUUUACAGCACAAAACUACUUAUUGUGAUGGACCACUAAAAAGAAAAAAAUAGCACUAAAAGCUCUUUUUUGGGGAAAAGCCAGGCCCGGGGAAAAAAAGGAACAUUUUUUAUGGAUUGGACGAGAUAGAAGUCUGCAUCUUUUACCUGUUUCAUAUUUCUGACACAACCACAUCAACUCCUCAAACAUUGGGAACGAAGAAUCAGCAAGAGCCAGGAUGAACAAGAGUUGGCAGAAUGGAAUUAGAAAUGCAAAGUCUUUCCUGGAAGACACGAAAACCUUCCUAAGAUUUGUAAAAUAUUCAAAGGAAAAAAGGAAAUUGGCAAAAUGAUUCAAGGUUGAUAUUUUGGAUACAAUUUGUUUUACUUUGUAGGGGUAAAAAAGUUGAAGUUUCUAUUUUCUAUGGAGCCUUUCAGAUAUCGAUUUAGUUUAUGCAGAAAAACAAUUCAACAAAACAGGGUACCAGCAUGAAAGAAUUUCUAGGACAAACUGACAUGAAUGAUGGAACUUUGGUGUAUGUGUGUAUUUGCUUAUAGUUUAACCUCUUUAAAAAAUGUAAGAUGUUUUACAAUUAUUUAAAUAAAUAAACUUGUAACUUAUUGUAUGUAGAGGUAGAAAUUAAACCCUGUUUUGGAUUUUUUCCUCCAGUUGUACAAUGAAGACAGAUGAUGCAAAAAUGUAGUGAUAACUUUGAGAUAUAUUAUUACUGCUGCAAUUGCUCCUCACUUCCCCCCACCCCUUACUGAAUUCAUGUGCAAGGAUGUAUAGGAUUCUUUCUGAUUAACAAAACCCUCAGAAACGUUUCCCUACAUUGUGGUAAACAGCUCAUGUAGGAGUUUUUUCACCCUCCUCAUCUUUCCCCUCUUUCCAUUUUUUGCUUCAAUUAAAAUAUUCAGGUACUAAGAUUAACUGCUAAGUCUCAAAGACCCAGCUGAUGAGUGAGUGGCACUUAGGGAUUUGAAUGAAUCGGAUUUUUCAUGAGGUACUGAGUUUAUUUUAUAGAUUCAAUGUAUGAAUUAGGAGGGGAAGGGUUCUCUGGGGUUUUCCAUGUAGUUAGAACACCUUAAGUUCAGUUAUGCUUCAUAUUAAGGGUGCAUUUAUAAAGGGUGAACAUGUAUUUGAAUGAUUUAUGCACUUUUAUCCUGAGUCAUUAAAAAUGGUAAGUAUUUGCCACUUAUAUAUUGAAGUCAUAGAGGUAAUCAAUCGCUCUGAGUUUUUCUGCAUUUUAGCCUAAAAAAAGAGUUCAGUUCUCCUUUGCAUCUCCUCUCCUGAAAUUGGAAGGUGAGGACAAGUCUGAUAAAAUAAAUAAUGAAUUAUCUAACUAAACCAGAGAACACUCAAAAGAAUUUGGUUGUUGGAAAGCCAUUUUUAGUGGGGGGAAAAAUAAAAUCAGCUACACUCCAGAGACCCCUCUAAAAUCCACACAAUGGCUGCAUGGACAGUUGUUCCUAUGGAAACAUCUUGAUGUUAAACCCUAAAUAAGGCCCCAGGAUCUGAACUUGUCCAUUUGCCAGUAGUUUAAUGGAUGGGUAAGGAAAAUUGUGGGUUUGGUGAUCUUUAGGGAUGGUAGAAGUUGAGCUGGGCUUGGGAUGGUGAAACUGGGACAACUCACAUGGCUGAGCUCUUCUGGGGCUGUUGUGGAGCUAACUGGGAUUAGGGAGAGCCAAAAAUCCUCUCCAGGUCCACAGCUGGGUGAUGAUGGGAGGCUGAGGGGGAUGAUCUUAAAGGUCUCUUCCAACCUAGAAAUUCUGUGAUUCUGUGAUUCUAAAUUCCAGUUAAAUCAGCAAGACUUUGGAAUCACUGCUUUACUGACACAGGUAUGUCAAUCCAUAGGUAUGGUCCCUGAGCUUUUACCUGGACUCAGACACUUGGUGCUUGGAGUGAUUAAGAGUGGUGAAAUACAGGAAUCAUCCACCCAGGGAGGUGGUGGAGUCUCCAUCCCUCAAUGUGUUUAAAAAAAGACUGGAUGUGGCACUUGGUGCCAUGAUCUAGUUGAGGUGUUAGAACAUCACUUGGACUCAAUGAUCUGAAAGCUCUCCUCCAACCUAGAAAUUCUGUGAUUCUGUGAUUCUAAAUUCUAAAAAUUCCAGUUAUGCUGAAGGGCAGGGUUUGGGAGAGCAGGGCAGGGAACCAGAAAAUCCUGGAAUGAUGGGGUGGGAAGGGACCUUAGAGCCCAUCCAGUGCCAGCCCUGCCAUGGCAGGGACACCUCCACUGUCCCAGGUGCUC